UUCGCGCACGCGCACCGGCCUUCUAGAUGUCAGACUAACAGUAAUUUUAGUUCAAUGGUGGUUCCCGUGUUGUCGAGUUGGUUUUGAUUGAUGUUGUGCGAAAAUGUGGCUGUCAAAAAACAAGUUGACAACAAGCAAUAGGAUAUUCCAUAAGACGAACCAUGACCGACACAUCUGAAGAUGGCAACUACCUGGUGCGCGUGCGUGCCCAGGUUAUGUCGAGGGACGACAGUAGCGGCGGCUGGGUGCCGCUGGGCGGCGGCGGGCUCUCGAACGUCUCGGUGCGAAAAAGACCGCGACCGGCCGCCCAGCCGCCCCCGACGGCGACCGCCGCCAGCGCCGGGACCACCAUCACCACCACCGCCAACAACAACAAUACCACCUCGACCACGACCACACAGCAGGCGAACGCGGGAGGCGGCAACGGAAACGGCGGCAACGGCGGCGGCACGCAGACCGUCGCCGUGAUCCAGCCGGGCCAGAACGCGCAGACCCAGCAGCAGCAGCAGGACCAGAAACCCAAGCACGACUACCUGAUUUUCGGGAAAAGGAUCUCCGAUGAUUCGAUAGUGUUAAGUUGUACAAUAAAGAAGGACUUCGAGUACAACAAGGUGAUGCCGACUUUUCAUCACUGGAAAACCGGCGACAAAAAGUUCGGGCUGACUUUUCAAGCGGCCGCGGACGCAAGAGCUUUCGACAAGGGCGUGCGGACGGCCAUCGAGGAUUUGCUUGACGGUUUUGCCGAUACCUCUCCUUCAUCACCGUUGCCGAAAUGCCCUAAAGACGUAGGAGACGACGACGUGUUUAUGACCCUUAAUUUGCCGCAAGAACCUCAACUAGGAGGCGAUUCGAGAAGUUCAAGUGACUCGUCGAAACAUUCGCAGGACCCGCACAGGAUACAGCACUACAUACCCAGAGACAAACCGUUAGAACCAAGGCAGCCAACGUACGAAUCUAGCAAAGGUGAAAAUUACCCGUACGUGCAGCUGCAGCCGUUCCACGAGUACAUCUACCCGGUGGAAGAGCAGCCGGGGCUCGGAGGCAACGGCAACGGUGGCGGCGGCGGCGGGGGGCGCAAACUCCCCUCCACCCUGUCGCGCCUCGGCGCCGACUCCCCCGCCUCCCCCAAGAAAACCUUCAUCGAGAUGCAGCAGCAGGAGGGCCUCUCGCAGCAGCAGCUUCAGCUUCAGCAGCCGCCCUCCAUGGGCGGCGGCGGAAAACCUUUGAAGAAGGCGAAACAGCAGUCGGUGUGCCGCUACUGCAAUCAGCUGUUUACCGAGGAGAGGAACCCGAAGGGGGCGUGCGAUUACGCGCCCGACGCUGCGCAGUCGGCGAUCGCGAAAAUCUCCUGCCUGUGGUGCGCGCAGUGCACGUUCUAUCACUGCGCGGCCGAUGCAGAAGGCGACUUCGCGCAACACCCGUGCGACUGCGCGUCAGACGACUCGUGCACCCGCCGCUGGUGCUGUCUGGCGCUGCUGUCGAUGUUCGUUCCCUGUCUGUGGCUGUACCCGCCCCUAAAGCUCUGCCACUGGUGCGGCGUCAGGUGCGGCGCGUGCGGCGGCCGCCAUCACACGAUGUGAUCCAAGCAAAGCCACAUUUUACGAUAUUAGCGCUUAAAUUAUCACACCACACUACCCCAAACCGAACAAAAAAGUACCAAGAUGUCUCUAUCGAAGAACAAAACU